UUUCGUUUGAAAGUUUACCUUAACCCUCGUUCUUUGAACGGGGAACUCUAUUUUUAUUGAAUAUCCUUUUUCCUAAAAUUAGAUUAAACGUCAUAGAAGUCUUUGUUUUGAACGUUUUAAAUUAAGGUAACAUCCAAUAUAUGCGUCGAUUUGUUGCUUUUCAGUGUUUAUAAACCUCUGAUCCAGGUGAAAAGAAUCUAUUUGGACGGAUUUAGUUUCUUCUUUAGUUGUUUUGGUUGUAAUCGUCCACCUUCAAUAAUGUGAAGCAAUAGUUUCGUUGGUUUCGGAUUCAUCUAGAUUUGGUUUACGAGUCUUCGCUCUAUCCCUUGGCAUCUGUAUAUGGAGAGUUUUUAAGCUAAGAGGUUCUACCCCACUUCUGUGGAAGUCGGGUGUGCGGGGGAAGAUCAUUCAAGUUACCAUCAUUUAGGUUUGGUCGAGUUUUUAGUUCUAAUAUGGCUGGUGAUCCUUUGACAAGCUCUGAUGGCAAUGCCAAUGUCAAUGCACAACCUGAUCCACGGAGGACGUAUCAGGUUGUUGUGGCGGCUACUGAAAAUAUGGGUAUUGGUAAGGAUGGGCAACUACCAUGGAUGUUGCCGUCUGAUCUCAAGUUUUUUAGAAACAUAACCACAACAACAUCGGAUCCAGGGAAAAGGAAUGCAAUUCUAAUGGGUCGAAAAACAUGGGAGGGUAUUCCUCCUGAGCGCCGACCACUACCAGGUCGUCUCAAUGUUGUUCUGACUCGCUCGGGGAGUUUUGACAUUGCCACCGUUGAAAAUGUCAUAAUAUGUGGUAGUAUAACGUCUGCUUUGGAGUUAUUAGCAGCUUCUCCGUACUGUUUGUCAAUAGAGAAAGUGUUCGUUAUAGGUGGAGGCGAGAUAUUAAGGGAAGCUCUGAAUGCCCCUGAAUGUGAUGCUAUCCACAUUACUGAAAUUGUGGCAAAUGUUGACUGUGACACCUUCAUUCCAGCUAUUGAUAAGUCUAUGUUUCAGCCAUGGUACUCGUCGUUUCCUGUGGUGGAAAAUAACUUUCAAUAUUCUUUCACUAGUUAUGUUCGUGUGAGGAGCUCGGUAGAAUCACCUAUUGAUCAGAACAAUGGCCCGAUCGGUAAUGACAAGCCUGAUUUUUCUAACUUUGAGGCUAAGAAGUUCUCUUUCCUACCGAAGGAGAUUUUUGAGAGGCACGAGGAGUACUUGUACUUAAAACUUGUUCAAGAAAUUAUCUCAAAUGGUACCGCUAAGGAAGAUAGAACAGGAACAGGUACUUUGUCAAGAUUCGGGUGUCAGAUGCGGUACAACUUGCGCAAAACGUUUCCGCUGCUUACAACUAAGAAAGUAUUUUGGCGAGGGGUCGUUGAAGAACUUCUUUGGUUCAUAAGUGGUUCGACGAAUGCAAAGGUUCUUCAGGAGAAAGGCAUUCAUAUUUGGGAUGGCAAUGCAUCGAGAGAUUACCUCGAUAGUAUUGGUUUGAAAGAAUGGGAGGAGGGCGACUUGGGACCUGUAUAUGGGUUCCAGUGGCGACACUUCGGUGCUAGGUAUACUGACAUGCAUGCUGACUAUACUGGUCAAGGAUUUGAUCAGUUGCUAGAUGUUAUUAACAAGAUAAAGAACAAUCCCGAUGACCGGAGGAUCGUUCUUUCUGCUUGGAAUCCAUCUGAUCUCAAACUAAUGGCACUUCCUCCUUGCCACAUGUUCGCUCAGUUUUAUGUAGCGAACGGGGAAUUAUCGUGUCAAAUGUAUCAGCGCUCUGCUGACAUGGGCCUUGGUGUUCCGUUCAAUAUUGCAUCAUAUGCUCUUCUGACGUGCAUGAUUGCUCAUGUUUGUGGUCUUGCUCGAGGCGACUUCAUACACGUGAUUGGAGAUGCUCAUGUUUACCGUACUCACGUGAGGCCAUUGCAGGAGCAGCUUCAAAAACUCCCCAAACCGUUCCCGACUUUGAAGAUUAACCCCGAGAAGAACGAUAUCGACUCUUUCGCGGCAGCUGAUUUCGAAUUAAUCGGUUACGACCCUCAUGAGAAGAUAGCAAUGAAAAUGGCAGUGUAGAACUUGAUCUAACUUGUUCAACAAACCAGGGUACUCAGUUCCUUUACCGUAUAUUAUUCAAAUUUUGAAGCAAGUGCAGUAAAAUUACCAUGAAAAUGUUCUAUGAGUUGUUUAUAAGUCGGGUUCGUUGGCGCUGAAGCGGUUUUUUAGCGAUAUUUCAGGUACGAACAUCGAAGGCGUUGGUUAAUAUGGUCUGCAAAUAAACAGUGCUAAUGGGAUAUAUACUUUAUACUUUACUAUGUCUAGUGAGAAUCCUUUAGUUCCUCUGGUUGGUUCUGAAGUGAUUUAGUUCGGUUUUGUAUUUGCUAUAGUUCUUUUAUCGUUCUCAUACAAAUACACGGUCGCUGCUAUUUUAAUACCGUGCUACAUACAAGUAUAAUGUAACCUCGAUCGAUCGGUUCUCGGACUUCAUCUGGAUUUGAAAUGAUGGAUUAUGUUGUGUAUA